AUACCAAUUUCGCAUUGGAUCCCUCGGAAAUUGCCAGACAAAAUCAAAUUACCCAACAGCUGUUGUCGACAUAUUUGCAGACACGUUUGGGCCUAGGUGUUGGCGUAACACAAAAAGUUCCAACAAUUGCUGAAAUUUUGCCCAAGGCCAUACUUACAACCACAACCAGCACAACGACAACCACAACAACAGCAAAACCCCGUUAUAGCAAAUCGCUAAAACGACCAAGGCCAAGAGGAUUUUCAGUGUCGUCGUCCUCCAAGCGAGGAGGUGGUUCCACAAAAACAAAUUAUCAACGUAAAACCUAUGGCAGCACCAGUCAAAGGAAAACUCCCAAUUCUUUGCAAGAAUUACUCAAAUACCGAGGUUAUAGCCGGCUACAGGCACAGAAACAAAAAGAACAACAGCAACAGCCAGAAGAUGACUACGAUGAAGAUGAUGUAGAAUCUGAAUCAGAGGAGGAAGAGGAGGAGGAUUCCCAGGCAGAUGCUGAAAAUGAUUACGGUGAUGGUGAACCUGAAGAUGAACCCGCCGCUGAUGAAGAAGACAAUACCAAUAACAAAACAUUAAAUUAUAAACGUCCUUCACGACAACGUUACGAUCCAUAUGACGAUCGCGAUGACUACGACGAAUAUCGUUCACAAUACACACGUCCCCGUUAUCGUUCACAGCAACUGCAACAACAACGUUAUCGUUACCCUCAUCAUCGCCACUACGACGAUGACAUUGACCAGGAUGGUCAGGAGGCAUUGCAGAGUGUUGAAUCGGAACAGCAUGAUCUCUUUGCUCGCGAUCCAAGUGAAAAUGAAAUUGACAGCGAUUGUCCACACUGUGUAGACGAUACGCAAUACAUGAACAAAUGGACGAUGCCGCUGUUGAAACUUGGCGAAAAGCGUUAUUAUCUUGGCAUCUUCUUCAAGGCAAAUUGGUUUAAGGCCACACAAUAUUGUCGUUACCAUGGCAUGCACUUGGCAAGCAUAUCAUCGCAGGAGGAGAACGAUAGACUGGAAAAACAUAUCAAAGAUUUUGGUUUGGGUAAUGAACACUUCUGGAUCUCCGGUACCGAUUUAGCUGAUGAGGGUAACUUCUUUUGGAUGUCGACGGGUCGACCGAUUACCUUCACAAAUUGGAAUGCUGGCGAACCGAAUAAUUUCCGUUAUGAAAACGGUGAAGAAGAAAAUUGCAUGGAAUUGUGGAAUCGUGAUGGCAAAGGUCUGAAGUGGAACGACUCACCCUGUAGUUUCGAAACCUAUUUCGUGUGUGAAGUACAACCUUGAGUA